CUUGAACGGAUAUAGGUUUGGAAAAUAUGUCAUUACUGCUCUAAGCUCCGGGGAGUGACUAAGUUACUUCAUCAUUACGUAUUUUAGCUGCUGAGGAACAAUAACACCAAAGAUGGAUACUAAAAAGGAAAAUCUAAACUCGAACGAGUCAGUAAGUGAAAAAAAGAAAGAGUCUUCAGUAAAAACUAUUUUGUCAACAUUUGCUUCAUCGACAACUGCACAUGGAUGCUCUCAAAUCAACCAGUCGCAGUCUUCUAGUGGUAGACUUAUUUGGAUGGCAAUAUUUGUAGCAUGCUUUAUCGGAGCAACAGUGUGUAUAACCUCACUUUUACAAAAGUACUUUGAGUUCCCAACAAAAGAUGUGAUUGAGGUGUCAGUUGAUCCAAUUACAUUUCCGUCUGUCAGUUUUUGUAGUUUGAACCCUGUACCAUCGUCAUAUCAGAGGAAAAUAAACAGAAUGAAGCCGGGAAAUCGUUUCCUUGACGUUGCAGCAACAUAUCGCAACCUUGAGGCACAUGUCUUAAAUAAGUCGUUCCCACUUUACGAUCGGAUGUUUCCAAAUCGACACAAAAUAAAGUCAUACAAGUGGAUGUAUGAUAAUGCCCCAAAUGAGGAUGAAGCUUUAUCUAUUGGACAUGACCUGGAAGACAUUCUGCUUUCUUGUUCAAUUGCUGGCUACAGCUGUAACAUUUCACAAAUACAAUCAUUUACAAGUCCAUUUUACUUCAAAUGUUACACCUUGAAUGCGAAGGAUUUGAAUGAUUCCUCUAUUGAGCCACUUGUUCAUUCUACAGGGGCUGUCAAUGGGCUUAGUGCAAUAUUUUUCCUCGAUACGCAUGAUAAAGCAAAGGGGAUCUACAAUCCAUCAUGUCCAAUAGGGGGUAGCAGUGGUCUGCAUGUUGUCAUCCAUCCUCCGGGAACACAACCUGACCCAAUCAAUGAAGGAUUUGAUAUCGUACCUGGUUUCGCAACAAACAUUGGACUGCAGAAGAAGAGCCGAGAAUUGCUUGGUUAUCCAUGGGGUGAUUGUGAGAAUCGUGAAUCACUAUCUGAAUUACCAUAUAAAUACGACAAGUUAAGCUGUGAGAGACAAUGCCAGCAAAAGUUUAUCACGGAUCAAUGUGGUUGUGUUACUUCUUUUCAACCGAUACCUGAUGAUUUGAAGAACAUGUCUAUGUGCGGAAAAAUGGACCUCAAGAACUGGAACAGUGCAUCGCCGAACAUGAGCAAAAUUGCAGAAGAAAUGGAUACCAUUGAGUGUGAGUUUGGUAAAUUCUGGGUCCUCAAAAAAGACUAUCCGGAAGAGAAUAAGUGUGAAUGCCCAUCAGCCUGUCACAAUGACAUUUAUGACUACACAAUCUCACAAUCUGAGUGGCCAUCUGGUGGUAUUAAGCUGGACUUCUACAAACAUGUGAUGCAUAUGCGGAACAUGCGGGGCUCUGGAUACAUUAACUCGACGAUGUAUGACCUCCUGGAUAGCAAACUGAACACAAAUGACACAGACGAAAAUCAUAAAAACCAAGGAAUGGUCAGGCAAAAUUUCCUGAGACUUAACAUAUUUUUCACCUCUUUGAAUACUGAGAUUGUGAAGCAAGUCGAGGAGUAUCCUUUCACAGAUAUGAUAUCUGGGGUUGGAGGAGGGUUCGGUGUUUAUGUUGGCUUCUCUUUCGUCACUAUCUGUGAGUUUUGUGUUCUGUUUGCACACCUUGUGAAAGCAAUCAUGAAUCACAGAAACAAGGCAGUGGAAGAUAUACCAAGUGGCAAUAUCAUCAUUGUAAAAGAGUACAAAAUGUAACCAGAGUACCAGAUAUUGCAGACUUCAAAUUGAAAAUAGAGUAACAUUUAUUGUAAAUCAAAUUGUAAGCAUAGUAGCAAUUAUUGUAGAGUUUGAAUUGUUACAAGAUAAACUUUAUUGUAAAUAAUUCAAACUGUUAGCGAAGGGGACAAUAAUUUUAGUUUAAAUUGUUACAAGAUUAACAGUGACAUUUAUUGUAAAGAGUUCAAAUUGUCACAAGAUUAACAUCCAUUGUAAAUAAUUCAAAUUGUAAGCA